UUUUUUUCUAAUCGACCCUCAACAUUAUGGCAUCAGAGAAUUUAAAUAAUGCAACACCUAAUAAGCAUGUGGAGCGACCUCCUGGCACCACCUUUCUUCCACAAGCACGAGUCAAACGCGUCAUUAAAGAAGAUAAGGAUGUGUCGCUCAUCAAUGCAGAAGCCACUUUUUGCGUCUCAUUUGCAACCGAACUGUUUAUGGAGUAUCUCGUAACGGAAGGCUUUUCCAGAGCAAAGCGCGACAAACGAAAGACCAUAUAUUAUAAAGAUCUUGCCACUGCGGUGAACGAAGUAGAGCAAUUUGAGUUUCUAGAAGAUGUCAUACCCCAGACGAUGACGUUGAAAGCAGCUUUGGAACGGCGCAAAGAAGCUUUAGGAGAGGAGCAUAUAGAAAGCCGACUAGCAAAGAAGCAGAAAACGAGUUCCACAGCCAUGGAAACUAAUUCCACGGCAACAAAAGAGGUUGACGAGAACAAUGACGGAUCGACUGUCACAGAAUCCGAAGCCCCCACUCCUUCAGUGGCGACGUCAGCAGCGACACCCGCCGAUUCACAAAAUGAUAAUGGACCUUCAGAGGAAAAGCCUGAAGAUUUGUAAACCAAAAACGAAUAUCAAAAAAAUAAAACUGCCAUAUUUGGGUUUCCUGGC